CGCACUGGUCAAGCAAACUCUGCACAAACUGUCAAGGUCCCAAUUUGCCAAACAAAGCCCGAACCUUCCAUGGCCAAACCCACAAGCAAAUUCCAAAUCGUGCGAAAAACUUUCGACCAAUCUGACCUAUUCAAUUUCCGAAGUGUGAAAGUCUAUUGGUUUUCUUCCGUAAAUUUCGAAGUCAGCAAAUCUCAUCUCUUGUCUCCCCUUUUCUACACGGCUUCUCCUCCAUUUCUAUUCACUCUUUGGAUGAACGUUCGGGUUUCGUUCUGUUUCUAGUUUUCGUGUUCAUUUUGUUUGUUCAAUUCACGUGUUGGGUUUUGUUUCUUCCAUUUUGCUUUUGAUUUUGUUCACACUAAAACUUCUGAUUUUCACAUCACCACUUAUUAGUUUUCCAUUUGGGUCUCUCUUGUUCCCCCCGUUUGGUUCUCUGUUUCCUUCCAUACUUUCUCUCCUUGAUUCCCUUGUUUUCCACCUGGGUUUUCGCUUCCAAUUUCACCUCUCUCUCUCUCUCUCUCUCUCUCUCUCUCUACAUAUAUGUAUUCAAAUCGCUGACACCGUUGAUGUGAUCGAGCCUUUUGAAAAGAAUUAGUAUAUUUGAAGAAAGAAGAACCACAUAGAUUAAAGAAUGAAGUGUUUCUUUCCUUUUAGGGAUAAAUUCAAGUGCCGGAAAGGGAGAUCCUCGCCUGAGUUACAAACCCAGAACAGAAAUUCAGAAAAUUCAGCCGCGAAUCGUGUGAUAAAAUCAUCAGGUUCAGGUUCAGUGUCAUCGCCGCGGAGCAUACCGCAAUUGUACAAAGAAAAGGAGCACAACUUGAGGGUGUUUACUUUUGCAGAGCUCAGAACUGCAACUAAUAACUUCAAUAAGUUACUGAAGAUUGGAGAAGGUGGGUUUGGGAGUGUGUACAAGGGUUCAAUUAGGCCUCCAAAUGGGGAGGCUGAUCCUACUGUUGUUGCCAUUAAAAAACUCAACAAAAAUGGCUUGCAGACUCAUUGGCUGCAUAAACUCUCAAUUGCACUGCAAUUUAGUUUCGAGACUUUUUGCAAGGGUCAUAAACAAUGGCUUACUGAAGUUCAAUUCCUUGGUGUUGUCGAUCACCCUAACCUCGUGAAACUAUUGGGGUACUGUUCUAUAGAUGGGGAACGGGGGAUACAACGUUUAUUAGUUUAUGAAUACAUGCCCAAUAAGAGCUUAGAAGAGCAUCUUUUCAACAAGGCUUCGGCAACUCUGCCUUGGAAAACAAGAUUAGAAAUUAUCCUAGGUGCAGCUCAAGGAUUGGCCUAUCUGCAUGAGGGAUUGGAAAUCCAGGUGAUAUAUCGAGACUUCAAAUCUUCUAAUGUGCUUUUGGAUGAAAACUUCAAGCCAAAGCUUUCUGACUUUGGACUUGCCAGGGAAGGCCCAAUUGGUGACCGUACUCAUGUAUCCACAGCGGUGAUUGGGACUUAUGGAUACGCAGCCCCAGAAUACGUGGACACUGGGCACCUCACAAUCAAGAGUGAUAUAUACAGUUUCGGCGUAGUGGUAUAUGAGAUGCUAACGGGGAGACGGACGUUGGAAAGACACCUGCCUCCAGUUGAGCAAAAGCUUAUAGAAUGGGUGAAAUUGUACCCAGCUGACAGUAAUGGGUUUAGAAUGAUCAUUGAUCCGAGGCUGAAUCAGUACUCUCUCAGUGCAGCUAGGAAAAUUGCCACUUUGGCAGAUGCGUGUCUCAACAAGAACGCGAAGGAUCGACCGACAAUGAGUCAAGUGGUGGAGAUCUUGAAGCAAGCGAUAGAGGAGUCGGAAGGAGGAAGUAGUUCUUAUGAGAAAAGGAGUUUUGAGUCAUCAACUUCUAACUUGGUUCCCUCAAAGAAGCACUCAUUUCAAAUGCUACCUCAGCCUAAGGAUACUUCAGUAAGGGUAUAAUUAUUUUGAACACCAAAAGCGGCCGUAGACCAUAUAUUUUUUUGGCAAGGGUGAGGUAUUGGGCCUUAUAUUGCUCUCGACUAACGAGCUUUUUUUUUCUUUUUUUUUGUACGUAGAGAAAGUAUAGAAUUGUACCCGAAAGAGUACAACAUAAAAAGACAACGAACCAAGUCUCUGUAUCGUUCCCAUGUAUUGGAUGUUCCCGAAGGGACAACGAACCAAAUCUAAGUGCAUCGAAUUGUAUGCCCUUAGAGGAGACUGCGUGUGCAUAUGUUCUAAAUCAUAGAACUGAAACUUUUUUUUCUUGUAAA